AUGGCGGACCCCAGCAGACAAGAGAAGGCGCAUAAGGAGGCGUCGCCCGAGCUGCCAGAGCUCGAUGAGGAGGAAAUUGGUAAUUUUCAACCUCCACACCCGAUACUUCUCCUGUCGUUGAGCAUCUCUUCUCCUGACCGUGAUACCCUUUUUUUCCCCAGAAUCAUACAUCAUCUCCAAACCGGACCUCUCCCGUACGAGCAAGAAGCAGAACCCCAAGAAGCUCUACAAGAAAGCACAGAAGCAGGCCGAAGUUGCAGAGAGCAACUACUACAUCCCUGAGACGCCCAAGAAGAGCAGAUCGAAAGGUGGCAAGAUGAAGUCCGACCAGCAGGAUGUGCUCACUCCGGGGAGUACGUUGGACGAGAUGAGCCCAUCGCAGGACGGCGAUGGGGACGAGGCAGACGCUCAGCCAGAGACGCCACACAAGAGGGUUGGAAGUAAGUGUUGUCAUUUGGUAGCUUAGUCACGAGGAAGCGUGCUGACUCUACCGGUUUCGCAGGGCUGGGCUAUGGAGGCCGUCAGUGGGCCAAAGGGUAUGCAUCGCCCGGAAACGGGUGGUAA